CAUAUUAGUGUAGUAUUUGUGUGUUCACAGUACUCAGCUUAAAAUAUCUGACGACGCGUGUAGAUUUUGUUUUCUUACAAACAAAAAAUUAAAAUUUCAUUCAAAUCUUUUUAGUUUUUCGUUAAAUUUUCAGUUGAAAUCAUAGAGAAACUAGAAUAAAAUCGAAUAACAAACGAAUUUAAAUCACAAUUGGAAUUAGAAACUCGUUUUUGUAACAAUUAAAAGAAAAAUUCUAUUCAAAAAAAAUUAAAAGAAAUAUUACAAUACGAAAAUAAAUUUACAUCUUUAAUAAAAACACCCACGUUGUAAUAAAAUAGUGCUAGUUUCUCCGAGUGUAGAAUUUAAACAAAACAAAUCAUAACCAUAAAUUUUGUAUGCAUUAUCAUCCAACGUGUUGUAUAUUCCAAAUCGUUUCAUCUUGACAAACAAAUGUUGUUUUGAAUGCAGUUGUCUUCAAACAUAAACAAAACUUCAUAACAAAUGAUUUUCUGAUAUGAAUCUUCUACAAUUAACAACAUUCUUAGUUAUUUUACAAAAAUACAAGUGAUUUAUUUUAAAAUUAUUGUCUCAUCCCUUACCACCCCUCUAUUUUUGGAGUCUGGAAUUAUUUUCCGACAAAUCUUUCACACUGCCUCCUGCUAAAAUUAAUCCACGAUGUAUAAGUUACUGGUCGGAUUGAAGAGCUAUUUAAAAUGGCAGGAUAUUCAAACGGAUAAUACAAUAUUUCGUUUGCACAAUUCCUUUACCACAGUCCUGCUGUUGACGUGCAGUCUAAUUAUAACGGCCACACAAUAUGUGGGCCAACCAAUCAGUUGUAUAGUUAGUGGUAUACCAAUACAUGUAGUGAAUACAUUUUGUUGGAUUCAUAGUACGUUUACAAUGCCGGAUGCCUUUCGGAGACAGGUUGGUCGCGAAGUGGCACAUCCUGGUAUUGCAAAUGAUUUUGAUGAUGAAGAUGCUAAAAAAUACUACACCUACUAUCAGUGGGUUUGUUUUGUGCUCUUCUUUCAGGCUAUUGCUUGUUAUACACCCAAAUUUUUAUGGGACAAAUUUGAAGGUGGCCUUAUGCGUAUGAUUGUUAUGGGCCUGAACAUCACCAUCUGUACGCGACAAGAAAAAGAGGCUAAACGUGAUGCUCUACUCGACUAUUUGACCAAACAUGUCAAACGUCACAAGAUGUAUGCCAUUAGAUAUUGGCUGUGUGAGGCUUUAUGUUUUUUCAAUAUCAUCAUACAAAUGUAUCUGAUGAAUCGUUUCUUUGAUGGUGAAUUUAUGUCGUAUGGUACAAGAAUUAUGCAGCUAUCGGAUGUGCCACAAGAGCAGAGAGUAGAUCCCAUGGUUUAUAUAUUCCCACGUGUUACCAAAUGUAUAUUCCAUAAAUAUGGUGCUUCGGGUUCAUUGCAGAAACAUGAUUCUCUGUGUAUUCUACCACUAAAUAUUGUGAAUGAGAAGACAUAUGUUUUCAUAUGGUUUUGGUAUAUGAUUUUGUUGUGUCUCCUAUUAGGAUUGUUAAUUUUCCGUGGUCUUAUGUUAUUUAUGCCCAGGUUCCGUCCUCGCCUGUUGCAUGCCCGCAAUCGUAUGAUUAGUUUGGAAACUUGCCGUAUUUUAUCACAAAAAUUGGAUAUUGGUGAUUGGUGGCUCAUUUAUAUGUUGGGUCGCAAUUUAGAUCCAGUCAUUUAUAAAGAAGUAAUGACUGAAUUCUCUAAAGAAAUCGAUCCCUCUAGAUAUAAUCGAGCUAAGUGAUUUUAUUUUCGUUUUUUGAGAAUAUUAUAACAACAACGACGACAGCUGCUAAAUAAUUUCUAAUACAUUUAAUUUUUGCAUCAAUAGUAGUUCUGUGAUUAAGUUAAUUAUCAUAUUCAAGCUAAAAUUUUAUACUCCUUUUGUAGCUCUCUUUUUAUCUCUCUUUAACUCUAUUUAUCAAAAACUAUUCAUAAUUUCUAAUAAGUAAUGAUCACAACUCGUCUAAUAUAAUUAAAUAAUAGAAGAAUAGCAUCAUUCUUCAAAUUUUAAGUUUAAGUUUUAAAAAAAACCUUUUAGUUCGUCUUUUUUUAACUAUAUAUGAAAAACAUCUACAUAUAAACAAACAUGAAAAUAUUGUUCGUUUUGUUUUUUUAUUUACAAUGCUUUUGUGUCGAAUUUAAGAGUCUUAUUAAAAAAAGUUUUGUAUAAUAUAAAAAAGAAUAAUAAUAAUAAUAAAAGCAUUUACAUAUAUAUAUGAAUUAUUUUUUAAUAAAUGCAAUUUUGUUGCAUCACUUUAUAUAACAAUAAAGUACAAUCAAUUUAAAUAAAA